CACAGGGUGACCACAAAGUUCGUUUGAUGAAGGGUAUUGAGUAAGGCUGGAGCUGAUUCAAGACAUGUCUGAUUGCUGAAUAAGGAUAUUCAUCGCUGAAAUAGAAAUGUUUAUAGACAAUUGAUACAAAUAGUAGACAUCUUCAUUCACCCUCUUUAAUCAAGUGUAACAUGUGGAUUACCCCACAACUUGAAUCUGUUGGAGAAGUUUCUUAAGAGAGAGAGAGAGAGAGAGAGAGAGAGAGAGAGAGAUGGAGAGCUUGAUUUUUAUGCACGCUAUCGUCCUGCAGGCGAGCAACUUCAUGAUCAGAGUCUCGAUCCUCAGACCAACAGGACACUCAUCAAGAGGUAUACUGAAUGGACACUCAAAGAACGAAUAGCGACAACGAAUAGUGUCGAGUGGAUCUUCCAUUCGAGCAACUUUUCUUUGAGAAAAACCUCAAGUGGGUGGCAUGCCACUUCAUUGAAACAGACACGUCAUCCUCUGGGUCGUUCCAUUUCUUCCUCUCGAGGAGGCACAUCACCGAAAGUGGCAUCUCCAUCCCGACCCUUCCGUGAUCUCCUGCUUCAAUACACCUACCGUUGUUUAACCACAGACUUCUCACCAGCCGCUCAAGCAAGUAAUUUGCACUUCUUGUUGUUGUUUCACUGUUGGCGUUCAUUGGACAUUUGGAGUGAAUGAUCGUAGGGAGCUAGAAAUGUACAAACAAAGCACUAUUAAAUUAUUUUAGCGGAAGAUUCGAUGAUAUUUCGUUAAGGGGAGUUGGACUCCGGAGGAUUUAAGUUAGAAAUCAAGCCAGUGAUCCUGUAUGAUGCUCUGGGCUUGGGGAUGGGGGGUGAUUGGGUAGGGGAAGUGAAAUUAUCCUAUUCGCUGAGUACAUCGCCACAGCAAUUCACAGUGCUAUUUCUCUUUAACGAGGUUUCGAGUUUUGUGGUCUCUGGAAAGGAUUCUCAUGUAACCAAGGGAUUGAAAAGUUCAGGGAAGUAGCCGCAAAUUUCUGCACAUUGCAAGAUUGAGAUGGGUAGAGAAAAUAGCUUUCCAGAAGCUGAGGAUUCCAGCGGUUUCAAGGAUAAGAAUAAAUCUAUAAAAUAUGAUGGAAUGGCCGAGGCUUGGAAGAGCAGAGAUGGGUCGAUUAUUUCCAAUGAUGGGAUCAGGCUUGAGAGAGAGGACAGUGAAUCCAAGGCGGGGAGCAUCAUGAGAGACCUGGAUCCUUGGACAGCCUGGUUUUACAAACCUCACACCGUGACGGUUCUUGUCGCUGGAGCUUGCCUUCUUGUGUGGGCAAGUGGUGCGCUUCAGUCAGAAGAACAUGAUUUGGACGUAGUGACUAAUGCCAAAAGGGGUGUUUGGGCAACAAUCGCUGUUUUCUUGGGCUAUUGUUUACUGCAGGCUCCAUCCACGAUUCUGAUAAGACCGCACCCUGCAUUUUGGAGAUUUAUUCACGGAAUAGCAGUAGUGUAUCUUGUCUUCCUCACCUUUCUGCUCUUUCAGAAGCGGGAUGAUGCGCGACAAUUCUUGAAAUAUCUGCAUCCUGACCUUGGUGUUGAGUUGGAUGAAAGAUCUUAUGGAGCAGAUUGUAGACUGUAUACCCCAGAAAAGCCCAACAAGUUUUCCAAUGUUUAUAAUACCUUAUUCGAUGAGUUUGUCAUAGCACACACAUUAGGAUGGUGGGGGAAGGCCAUUAUGGUUCGCAAUCUACCUCUUUUGUGGAUCCUUUCCAUGGGCUUUGAGAUGGCAGAGGUAACUUUCAACCAUAUGCUUCCGAACUUCAACGAAUGUUGGUGGGACAGUAUCAUUCUUGAUGUCUUCCUGUGCAACUGGAUUGGAAUUUGGGCUGGCAUGAAGACAGUAAAAUAUUUUGAUGGAAAGACUUACGCUUGGGUAGGUCUAAGUCGACAGAAGUCUAUUAUCGGUAAGGUUAGGAGGUCUCUUGGGCAAUUUACUCCAGCCUACUGGGACAAGGAUGAGUGGAAUCCAUUGCAGGGUCCUCUCCGGUUUGUUCAAGUUCUGACCUUGAUAGUUAUAAUUUUAACAGUUGAGGUCAAUGCGUUUUUCCUCAAAUUCUGUCUAUGGAUACCACCUUUGAACCCGCUCAACACUUAUCGGCUGAUAAUUUGGUGGCUAAUUGCAAAUCCUGCUAUCCGAGAAUAUAAUACUUUUCUGCAGACAAGGAAGCCUAUUAAGAAGUUGGGAGCUUUCUGUUGGCUAGCUCUUGCAAUAGCAAUCGUGGAGACUCUCAUCUGUAUAAAAUUUGGUCGAGAUCUCUACCCCAAACCAAUGCCAGGCUUUGUAUUCUGGUUCUGGACAACAGUGUGCAUUGCUCUUGUCCUUUUUCUAUUUACCUGGACAAUCAAAAUAUUUUUUGAUGGUAGGGGAGAUGCCGAUGAGACUGAAGUGGACCUGAAGAAAUCCAUGUAAGGACUUCAUCUAGUGUUGGGUAGGGGGGGCAGCAAUUCAAGUAUGCUGGUUCCGUAGAAACUGCUGGAAAGGCUUUCUUUGCGCUGAUUUGAGGAAUAAAUGUACCGUUUUUAGCAAUCUUGUUCAGAGUGGAGAUUGGUUACUGGUUAUUGGUAUCCUUAGCGAACUGGUGGCCAUUCGAUUAGAGUAUGUUAUGGCUCCUGAAACUGAAAAUGUUUCUUUGAAGUCCCUAGAUAAUAUGUCAUCAAGUAGUUUCUUUUGGAACAUUUGUGUGGGUAAGUUUCGUUCUCUUUUAGUGCAAACAAUCAUGAGUGUUGCAUCUUCUAAUACAAGUCUACUUGUGGCUAAAUUGAAAGAA